GUGGACGAGCUGGGUCCCGAGCUGUGUGGAUAGGGUCGGGGGCGGAGAGUAUGUUAACCAAUGACCUGAAGGAGUAGGGAGGGCGGGAUUAGGCCCGCAGUUGCUAAGCGCUACCCUAGUGGGAGGUGAUUUGAGAAAUGGGGUGAAGAGGGGUGGGUCGGGGAGCGGCUCAAUGGCCCUUCACGUCACUGUCCUCUGGCCCGCGGAAGUUAAGCAGCCGAGAGGCGGGCUUAGGGCCGGAAGCAGGAAGGAGGGCGCAGGAAGCAGGGCUCCGCAACCACUCGCACUGUCGGUCAGUGGGUUUGUCGGUCUCGAGGGCAGGAUGGAGAAGCUGCGGCUCUUGGGCCUCCGCUACCAGGAGUACGUGACUCGUCACCCGGCUGCCACGGCCCAGCUGGAGACGGCAGUGCGGGGCCUCAGUUACCUGCUGGCAGGUCGUUUCGCCGAUUCGCACGAGCUGUCAGAGCUGGUGUACUCCGCCUCGAACCUGCUUGUGCUGCUCAAUGACGGGAUCCUACGGAAGGAGCUUCGGAAAAAGUUGCCCGUGUCGCUGACCCAGCAGAAGCUGCUGACAUGGCUGAGCGUGCUGGAGUGCGUGGAGGUCUUCAUGGAGAUGGGGGCUGCCAAGGUGUGGGGCGAAGUGGGCCGCUGGCUCGUCAUUGCCCUCAUCCAGCUGGCCAAGGCAGUACUGCGAAUGUUCCUGCUCAUCUGGUUCAAGGCUGGCCUCCAGACCUCACCCCCCAUUGUUCCGCUGGACAGAGAGACCCAAGCACAGCCCCCGGAUGGUGACCACAGCCCUGGUAGCCAGGAGCAGUCAUACGUGGGGAAGCGGUCAAACCGAGUGGUGCGAACUCUCCAGAACACUCCAUCCCUGCACUCGAGGCACUGGGGAGCCCCCCAGCAGCAGGAGAGACAGCAACAGCAGCACCAGGAGGAGCUGAGCGUCACCCCCACCCCUCUGGGGCUGCAGGAGACCAUUGCAGAGUCCUUGUAUAUUGCCCGGCCCCUGCUGCACUUGCUUAGCCUGGGCCUAUGGGGUCAGCGGUCGUGGACACCCUGGCUCCUGUCUGGUGUUGUAGACGUGACCAGUCUGAGCCUCCUGAGUGACAGGAAAGGCCUGUCCCGGAGGGAGCGGCUAGAGCUGCGGCGCCGGACCAUCCUGCUGCUCUACUACCUGCUGCGCUCCCCAUUCUAUGACCGCUUCUCGGAGGCCAGGAUUCUCUUCCUGCUCCAGCUGCUGGCAGACCAUGUCCCGGGCGUUGGCCUGGUCACAAGGCCGCUUAUGGAUUACUUACCCGCCUGGCAGAAAAUUUAUUUCUACAGUUGGGGCUGACAGACAUCCUGGGGGCGGGGUGCAGCGAGGGGAGGGGUGGCAUGCUCUGCUGCUGUGGGCAGGGUGGCUCAGCCCUUCAGUCCCCCGGGCUCCUCUACCCUAAUAAAACUGACUGUGGCAGUGA